GCCCUACUGGGCAGUCCGCUUUGGGCGAGCUUCGAGAAAAAGAAGUUUUGGAUAAGGCUGCAGCAGCUUCAACUUGCCCGCUACGGCAGCACUUCGGACUGGAUUCCGGGAUUGUCAGCUCGUUGCUGGGAAGAACAGCGAGCGUCACAGGUUACUGGAUCUAUAAGAAGCCAUCCUCGCCAUGCCUUCGCCUUUUCUCACGCCGGGGACCGUGUCCCGCCCGGACGAACUGGCCAUCCUUCACCUCCGCAGAGACCUGCUUAUCCCCACCAUUUUGAGAACGUACGAUGA